GUUAUCUCAAUGAGGCCAGGACAUAAAAAUGUCCAUCUAUGCACUCGACAGGUAUCAAUGAAGACUCAAAUUCAAUAGUUACUAGAAGUUACUACAGCUUCCUGAAGGCUGUUUUCACAGAAUUACUAUUAAUCACAUUACAAGUCUUCCAGGUAUAAACUUGGCUCAAGCCAGGAAAACAAUUAGAUUGGUCGAUUUGAUGGCCCCCAAUAUUGCUAUCAAAGCCUUGUUCAUGCGCUGUCCAGUAGAUAGGACGGAUGUCCAAGAAAACAACGGACAGAGUUGUUACAAUGCAUUGGUCAAGGUUCUCAUGCCUAGCCGUCUUUAUGCUGGAAAAGAAAAUAAUUAUAGUAUAGCCCGUUCUGCGGAAGCAUCCAUGAGAGGGAAAUCUCGUAAGAGACAGCUGAAGGAUCCUCAGCGGAAGUCCGUCUAUGGAGGUCAAGUGCCUCGAGUCUCCGCAGCAUCAUUUACUAUAUCAUGUUCUGAAGAGGGGCUGAACAAUUCGACAUAUACAUCCCCAGGACACAAUGGAACCGAAGAAAAGGGAUCUUUAGUCAAGGAUGAGAUGACCGACACUUACCCAGAAAGUAAUACAUACGUUCAAGGAAGACUUGAUGGAAAGACUGAAACUUCCCUAGUAGAUGGCUUGGAGGAAAGAAUACGUUGCUUGGAUAUUACCUUUGAGGAUCAGCCAGUGGAAGCCGAUAUCGAAGAAGCAUAUAUACAGGGAGAAGCCUUGACACCCCCCGAAAUCAAGUUCUCCGAAGACGGUGAUAUGGACGACAACUACUGGACUUGGGACCAGAGCUCUCAAAGAUUCCGACACUGGGAUGCGGAACGUGGAGAAUGGUUAUACUUUCCUGAGAGAUUUGAUUGAAACGAUUUGAUGAAUUUUGGGCGGGUUGGGAUGUGUAACGGCCAACUUGAUGCAGUCAGCUGAAGGAGAACUCUAAGACCAGUCACUGUAGAACCCGUU